CACUUCUCGACUGGUUCUGUUUGAAAAGAAAAGAAAGAGUGGGGAAACCCGAUAUAAACACAUAAACACAAUAGAGGAAAAAUAAAAGAAAAAUAAUAAGAGAUAGAGUGAAUUGUUUUGAGUGAUUUAGAUUUUUCGUUUUUUUCCGCCUAGCUCCGGGUUGACUUCUGCUCCAAAGACUUUUCUAUUAUCGAGAUGCAAGGGGAUGUCGGAAUUACGAUUACCGGGGAUAUGGAGACACCCUUGAAGCAGGAUAGCACAGCGAAUGGAUUGGACUUUCUUCAAAUUCCCCGGCAACCAUUCACUCAAUUGGGCUAUCCCCAGGCCCACGAUUGGAUCCAGCACAGAAAAGCGACCCUGAGGCCAUGGAGUUUAUUCCUAAACAGCAGUAAUUUUCGUGCACCCCCGGGUGUCACUAGAUUAACCAAGCGUAUUGUCAAGAAUAUCGAGUACUUUCAGAGUAAUUACCUAUUUGUGUUCGUCGGACUUGUUAUUUAUUGCUUAAUUACAUCGCCUCUAUUAUUACUAGUAGUAGCUGCGUCACUGGGUGCAUGCUACAAAGUCUCCCAAAGACAUGCCAAACAGGAACUGACGAUAUUAAAUCACAGGUUAACCCUGGCGCAGGUUUACAUCGUGGUUGGAGCCUGUUCACUGCCAUUAUUUUAUCUUGUUGGUGCUGGAGCUGUUCUCUUCUGGGUUUUAAGUGUGUCUUGGUUCUUGGUACUCAUCCAUGCGGCCUUCUACAACAUCGAUUCUGUUUUGUGCCCUGGCGAAGACGAGCUCAACUCUCUAGUGAUGCAAGAAGUCUAAUUGUACCAAAAAUUAACACUAAGUUCGAGGAAUUGAGUAGUGAAGCUCGAGAAAAGUACUUCACUCCUGAAUUAAUCGUCUAUUUCAGUUAAUUAUGAUGAUUUAGUAACUAUUUAAAUAUUUUAUUAACCAGGAUAACUCUGAUUAUCAAAGUGUAUAGUCAAAUAUCUCUAUAAUUUAAUGAAUAAUAACAAAUUUAGAAAAAAAGUUUGAAAAUAAAUUUGAAAAAAUUAUUCUGAGGAAGCUCAAUGCAUUAAAUAGUUUAACACAAUGCCAUUCUACAACGGUAUUUAUUUUUAUUUCUUGGAGAGGAUAACUUCCACUCUCCAGUGAUGCAAGAACUCUAAUUAUACCAAAUUUUCACGAAUUAAGUAGUGAAGUCAUAAUAAUCCACUUCACUUCCGAAUUGAACGACAGUUAAUUAUUAUUUGAAUCUAAAUAAAUGACUAUUACGAUUUUACAUUUGAAUGUAUCUGUAAUUGAAUAAACGAUAAAUUUUGAAGAAA